AUGCUUAAACCAAGACUGGAUAUCUUUGGAACGACAAUUGGGCUGGUUCUUUUGGUAUCGUUGUCUCUGAACUUUUUUAGUGGGGGAUACAACGAGUUCGAAAAAGAGAAAUUACACAAGGCUAUUCAACAGUGUGAAGGUAGGUUUACAAAACCAUAUAGACUAGAUCCAAUUCAAAGAAACUUCAAUCCACGAGUCAAAGUUCAUGGUCUUAAAGCUGGUGCUCCAAAGCUAAUCAAAAAUGCUUUAUUACUUGAUGGUGAUGGUACAUUAUCAAAGCAAAAGGUGGAUAUUUAUAUCGAAAAUGGCAUUAUAUCAAAUAUUCAUGAGGCAGAGUCGAUAGAAAGUGUUUACUUUCAACAAAACUUCAAUAUUGUUGAAGUAAUUGAUGCACAAGGGCACAUUGUUUCGCCUGGUUUAGUUGAGAUGCAUUCACAUGCUGGAAUUUGCUCUCAGCCAGAGUUGAAAGGUGUUAAUGAUAUGUUUGAGUUAAUGAGCCCAGUAACUCCAUUCACUAGAGUAAUUGAUGCCUUCAAUAUUGGAGAUCCUGCAAUUCAGCUAAUUGCCAAAGGCGGUGUGACCACCUCAUUAGUUCUACCAAGUGCUAAUUUAAUCUCAGGUGAAGGAUAUGCAUUUAAGAUGUUUGUUCCACCAUCAUCAUCUGUUGAGGAUAUGCUUGUUCAGUAUCAUCAAGGACAUCUUCCUAAUCAGGGUCAAAGGCAGCGUUGGAUGAAAAUGGCAUGUGGUGAAAACCCCAAAAAACGGUAUACUUCAAGACCAGAGGCUCCAAAGUCAAGAAUGGGGUUGGGUUAUUUAUUCAGGGAAUAUAUCCAUAGAGCAGAGCUAUUAAGAGAUGAACAAGAUGAAUGGUGUGAUAAUGUGGCUCGAAGACAUUUGCCUACAAAUCCAUUCCCUUAUAGCGUUGAAUUGGAAAUUUUAGUGGGACUAUUGAGAGGUCAAGUUCAAAGUAAUGCGCAUUGCUAUGAGACCUUUGAUAUUGAAACAUUAUUAAGGCAUGCAAAAGAGUUUGGUUUUCAGGUUGAUGCUUUGCAUCAUGCUUUAGAUGCAUAUAAAAUUCCUCAAAUUUUAAAGAACCUUCCUUGGAACAUUACUGUUGCAACAUUUGCUUCGUUAUGGGGAUUCAAGAAGGAAGCAUUUCAAGCUUCAUUGUUCAGUCCUGCUAUUUUGGAGAAAAAUGAUAUUAAUGUUGUCCUAACUACUGAUCAUCCGGCAUUACCAGGACAUACGUUGAACUUUCAAGCUCAGAUUGCGCACAAUUAUGGUCUUUCCAAAGAGAAAGCAUUUGCAAGUAUAACUGGUCAAGCUGCAAUAGGCUUAGGGCUUGACGAUAGAAUUGGUUUUUUGAGGAAAGGCUAUGAUGCUGAUAUUGUUAUAUGGAAUAAACACCCGCUAAAGCCAGGAUCAACCCCUUUAAGUGUAUUCAUUGAUGGUGAAACUAUAAUGUCAUUGGAUAUAACAAAGGAAUUUCAUGAACAAAAGCUAGGAAAUAGGAUAAAGUCUAAUUUUACAAGAAAUGGAGAGAGUUCUGAUCAAUUCAUUAUUACUGGUAUUGAAAAAUCUUUUAUGAAAGGUAUCGAAAAGAUUGAUAGUGAUCCUUAUGAGCUACUAGUCGCUGAUGGACAUAUAGAAUGCUUUGCCAAAUCAUGCAAAAAUUAUACCAACAAUCAUUAUGAGCUGAUUUCAGUGGAAAAUGGAGCAUUGUUACCAGGCUUAACUGCUCUUACUGAGUCCCAUGGAUUAGUUGAAAUGCAAUCUGAGCAAUCAACUGGCGACGGUGACUCUAGAAGUAUCGAAGGCUUUCAGGUGUUGAAGUCAAAGGAUGGUUUACAUUUGCAAAGUGAGCAUUUGAAAAGAGCUUACAAUUCAGGUGUCUUGAAAAUAAUCACACCUCCAUUUAGAUCUGAAGGUAAGAAAUUCAUAACUGGUGUCAGUACAAGUUUUGAUUCAAAUGCUCAAGAUCUGUCAGGUAUACUGAAACAGGAAGUUGCAUUACAUAUUACAUUGGGAGACAUGGGUAAAGAAGACAUGUCACCAACUAUUUCAUCCCAAAUUUCAACGUUGAGAGAUCUAUUAUACAAAAAUUUGUUUAGUGAAAACACUUUUGGUGAGGUGGCAAGAGGUGUACUGCCUUUAGCUGUUCAUGUUAAUAGUAAAGAUGUGCUGCUUCAUUUGAUAAAGUUGAAAAAAGAGCUUAAAUUGAACGUGAUAGUUAUUGGUGGACUAGAAUCACAUUUAAUUGUUGAUAAAUUAAAAGCAGAAAAUAUUCCUGUUGUCUUGAAAGGUUGGGCCUGCCAACGCAAGUUUUGGGACGAACGUCGCUGUUUAACUGGAGUCGGUGGUGAAAUUUCCUUGCUACAAAACUUAACACGAGAAGGUAUUACGGUUGGUUUAGGAUAUCCAGAAGACCUGGAUGUUAGGUUAGCACUUGACUAUUGUGCCUCAGCUGCAUCUUUUGGUGGUCUUUCUGAAAGUGAAGCUGUUAACUUGUUGUCAUACAAUGUUGACAAAAUUUUCAAUUUGAAGUCCGAGAAUCAGAGUUUUAUUGUUCUUGAAGGUUCGCCAACAAACUAUGACUCUAAUAUUGCUGUAAUAGUGGAAAAUGGUGUCAUAACUAGAAUGUAUCCUGAGCUUGAGCCUCUAUAA